GAACCACAUCUCAACCAUCCCCACUCCAAAACUAAAGUUGUUGAGCAUGAGGACCUUAAUGAUCCUGAUGAUCACAACGCUCAUUUAAAGUGGCAUACUGCUGGCAGCCCAACUCUCUCCAGCAUGGCGGAUUUACCCAGGUGUACUAGCAGCCCCUCGAGUCAUGACGAGGAACAGACAAGCUGCACUGGCUCAUCGUUACAAAAAGAAAAGAUACAUGGACUGGGUAAAAUCAUGAUCCUACAGGAGCAGAAUGAAGGUCUGCAUCAGACUUUGAUGAAGACCGCAGUGAGGAUGGAGUCUUUAGGAGAGGAAUUCAUGAGCAGCCAGAAGCUUUUGGAGGCAGAACUUCAGAGGACUCGUAUGGAGCUAGGCACCAUUACAGAGAAGUUUGGGAGACUGCAUGAAAAAUGCUCAUCAACACAACAGACUAAUAGUGUUCGAGAGAAUAAGCUUCAGUCAGUGGCUCAGGGUAUGGAAGGAGAACGUGAGCGGUUGAACCGGCGUAUUUCUGCACUGACGGAGCACCUUGCUGAUGCGAAAUUUUCCAACAGUGUGGAAAACUUGAAUUUAGGUGAUGCCAUGAAUCAGGUGGUUCUUCCCAUCACCCCACCUCCAGCUGAGUUCAUGGACAGCCACGAGUACGACAACACCAAUCCUGGAGGGCAGGACCAAUGUCUGGGGCCAGUUCCAGAGGAGGAAGAAUCCGACUGGUCAGAGAUAGGAGAUGAUACCCCACGAUUUGUACUGACAGGAUCCAACAGAGGUCAGGUAUGGAGACACCACGAUGCAGAUUUGGACAAAGACAGCGAGUCAGGUGGUGAGGAAAUUCUCAGACGUCACUCUGCGCGCCAAAUGCAGAUACCUCAUCUCCAGUUCACCAUCCACAAUGAGAAUCUGUCUGAAGCUUUGACAGGUGAAGGCACGUAUAGGAUCACCACCAGUCCAAACGUUGGCUCCGCCAUGCUGAUACGGUCCGCUAGCCUUGAGGAAAUCCCUCUGGCACGUCAUCAUAUGCAGAAGGAGCUAAGGGGAACGGAGGCCAUGAUGGACCUCCACCACCAAGGGGGCGAGGCCGCCGAGGAUUUAGAUAAUGAGAUCAUUCAUCACUGGAGAACCAGCAGCGAAAGGGACGUGGCCAUUGUGAGGCCGUCAGAGGCAGAUCUAGCCGGCCUGCAGUCAGCAGAGCGGAUGCUCAACCACUUUAUAGGUGGAACACAGGCCGGUGUAGAGCAGGGGCAGGGCAGGGCUGAGGUGCACGCCUGGACAGGAGGGGUUUCAAAUGACGGGAUAAAAGCAGAACGAACAAAGCUGUGACAGAAACAUGAGGGCCCUGCUCACUGUGUCUGAAACCUUAUACUCCUUUUAGCUUUAUUUAUUAGUAGUGUUCAAUAAGCUCUUUCUUUCACAGGAUCAGUGCUUCUGCCCCACUAAUUAACAUGUGUUUUGAUUCAACUUUACCUUUUAAUUAAAACAAAUAUUUAGUAGUUUUCUAAAGAGCUCCACCCACAGCUUGAGGACUUCCUUAAAGAGACAGGUGCUAAAGAUGAGUGGUAAGAGGCCAGAGGGUGAAUGGAGGUAUAUUCAGACAUGCAGUGUUAAAGAAAUAACAUGUCAUUUGAACACUAAAGCAUGAUCAAAUGUUUCAGUAAAUAUGCAAAAUACAAGUUAUAACCCACUAUGUCCCCUUUAACACUUUUGGGCUUCCUCAUUUGAUUCUCAAAAGGGAUUAAGACUAAGAUAGACAAUUAUAACAGUGUAUAAAUUCAACCCCUAUUCUUGAAAAAAAAUAAUCCCUUUAGAUUUUGUCCUUUAAUGGAAAAUUAUAGAUUUGUAUUUUUUUUUUGUAUAAUCAUCAAUAUAACCAUGUCCUUUCCUGUUCGUUCAUGUCUUUAAUCUGUUUGCUUUUUUGCAUGUAACAUUAUGUAAUCAUAAAAUAUAUUUUUUGUAGUUAGCCUCAAUGAUGUAUUGUUGAAUGCUAUAUAAAGUUGUAUGCUUCACGUAUUCUAAAAGAAAAGAAAUCCAGUGCUCUCUUAUUAAUCAAUUUCUUGUUGUCUUAGCGUGUAUAACAAAAUGUAAACUUAUAAAUAUAAUAUUGCUUUAAAUAUGUGUACAUGCAAAACUUAUUUCCUCAGGUUACACUCAUUAACCUUUUAAAAUAAAUUCUUGCAAAUAAACACAUUUCACAAGCUUAUGUAAAUCAUCCAUGUACCAUGCUCAAUGUAACAUUUAAUAAACCAAAUGAAGAAAUAAUUAAACAUAA